AUGACUCGAUUAGAAGACUUAUCUAAUGAAAUAUUCUUCAAAAUAUUUGAUUAUUUACAUACACUUGAUAUUUUUACGGCAUUUUCAACACUCAAUCAACGUAUUACAUUGAUACUGUCUUCAAUUUCACUUCGUACUGUUGUUUCCUCAUAUCAUUGUCAUCGUCAAAUAAAAUUUCUUUCUUCAUAUAUCAUCGACCAUACACAUCAAGUAGUUUCAAUUUGUCUUGAAGAUUUCAUUCGUGAUUUUACAUCUGUUAUUUCUUUCUUUUUCAUUCGACAUACAUUUGAAAAUCUUGAACUAUGUGCACUUUACUCAUCAUAUUGGUCAAUACAAAUACGAACUGCAUUGCAACAAUUACAAAAAUCUCAUUCAGCUAAGAUCGCUUCGAUUUAUCGUAGCAAAUCAUACGCAAAUUUGUGA